CGCCUGCACUCUCAGCGGUAAGAAGCGGAGGCUGGCUCGUCGCAGUGUCUGGUGUCUCUCUGGACGUCCGUGUGCUUCGCAAGGCCCGGGCCGCCCUCGGCUCGAGCCAGAAGGUGUGUCGCCCCGCGAAGGCCGCGUCGCGCGCGCGCGAGUCCCUUCGGCGACCCCCAGAGGACUCGCCCCGGUCGGCGCGCCGUCACCCGGACGAGGACGAGAGGAGGGCCCGAGGUAGCCCAGUGUCGCGCACGUGUGUGUACAAGAGAGUGUGCAGUGUGCCCUCCUACGGUCGCCCGCACGCCUAGGCGAGGACCCAGGACCCGCGCCCCCCCGCAGGCGCCACGGGACUGGAUAUAUCACCGAGCGACGAUCGUUAUAUGGUGGUGGAGGUUGAGCCGGCGGAGGAGAGCGGCAGGACGGUCCAGGGCGAUGUGGCUCAGUGGGGAAACACGAGGAGGUGAUGACAGCUUUUGACAGCCUUUGACGAUACCUCGGAGCUCGGCGACACAUUACCCAUGGUGAACGCAUCGAACAAGGGCCACGUGGCGAUCUGAAAUAUAUAUAUACAUAUAUAUAUAUACACCCACAUAUAUAUAUUUCUCUAUAUGUAUAUAUAUCCUCGCGUGUAUAUACAUAUGUAUAUAUGCUGAGAAGAGCAGCGAGAGAGAAAAAAAAAAAAGGGGACGCACGCGGCGGAUACGUUGAAACCCCUCUACCUUUGAGAUAUACCUCACGUACACCUACAAGUACCUUCGAAGAAAAGAGAAGAACCUCUCUGACAAGCGCAAUAGUGCCUAGCCCGAGACGCACCUAAUGUUAUUACAAAGAAAGCCAGAGUUAAUACGAUUACGCUAGAGCGUCGAUAUUGUUGCACCGCUCCGCCACCGAAGCUUUCCUCUCGCCUCCGGAUAUUCUCCCCUGCUCUCUUUCUCUCUACCUUUCUCUCUCUCUCUCUUUUUCGCUAUAUCCUCCGUCAUUCUCUGUCCCUACCUGUCCCGUCUCCGUUACCAUUCCUCAUCUGCCGUCCUCCGGAAUUAUUCCGACCCUUCCCCCGACCCUAAAGUGACGCCGCGACGCCUCGACGGGACGCGCGUAUCAUCCACCCGGGGCAACAAUAUACGAGCCGAGGACGAACCAGGACAGCAGUACCUGCAGACAGAUAUAUUUAUUAUAAUAGAGCUAGAGAAGAGGGGGAGGAGAUCGGAAGAGGAGGCGCCGCUUCGAGUGAAUGUGCUCCUCUAGGACUGCAUCCGCUGCAACGACCCGAUCAGCUGACCGCAAGCAGUAAGAGAUCAAGAUACCUCAAGAGAGCGACGGUGACCUGCGAGCGCGUCCACUAUGUAUCAUGAGAGCUUCGAUGCGCACGUGAAGAUGCGGUAGGUGCUCGAGAGGACCGAGCUUGCGACGAGCUCUGGGACCAGGAGAUCUACCGGGGUCAAGUGACUCCGUUAGCACCCUCGCGUCUCGAUCCAGCUAAAUCGAGGAGUCGAUCUCCCUUCGCAGCGCCGGCGCACCCUGAGGGUCCUCGCGCGCUGCGAUCAGUCAAUCCGGAUCGGCAGCGCGCGAAGUCGUCGCCGACUGCGAGAUCUCCGGCGAGCAAGCGAGCCCUUAUCAGUGCGGCACCCUCGGCACCCGGGAUCGAACUUGGAUCAUCGAGGUGUCGGCGAACAUCGAGGUUAUCGGGGAAAACCCAGCGACGUCUCGAGCCAAGGUGGAGGCAAAGAGCGAGGGCGGAAGAGAGCUUUAUUUUUGGAUACAACCGAGCUAGGCGGGAAGCAGAGGACAAAGAUAUACAAAAAUAUAUAUAUAUCUAUAUACAUAUAAAUAUAUAUAUACACCCGCAAGAACACACGGAUCUCGUGGAGGUGUAUGCCGUCGCGGGAGGGAGCCGGAAGACGACGCGGCGUAGCGGAAAUCCAGGAGCGUCCGGAAAUUCGCCGAGGGAGGACCCACUAGGGCAGCGGGCUGAGCCCGAGGCCGAGGUCGAGGUCAGGACCAAAGUCGUCGCGACGUCGAGGUAACGAGCCACGGUCACGGUGGCCAGCCUAGUGAGCGGCAACGUCGCGGUGCGCUACAAUGAGGCGUCGGGGAUGGCGUCGGGGGCCGGCGUGGUGCUGGCCCCCGGUCCCAGGGUAGCCCCAGCCCCCCCCACGGGGAUGGACACAUCGGAGGGUCCGUCCAGCACGGAGGGCCCGGGGGGCCCCGAGGCCCCCACGGUGGUGGCCCUGGUCAAGGCCGAGGCCCCUGAGCACCUGGCCGGCACCUCCGGGGCGGCCGGGCCCUUCGCCGGCAUCGCCUCCGCCAACAAGAGGCCCAGGCCCAACGAUUGGAUGCCCCCCACCAGCCCCGAGUCCCCCCAGGGCAACCUCGCCUCCCAGCAUCUCGUCUACGUGGCGCCCCAGCAACAGCCUCCCCUUGCGCACUCCACGCCCCUGGUGCAGACCCAGCAACCCCCGGCACCCAGCAACAACGGCUACGCCAGCCCCAUGAGCUCCGGCAGCUACGACCCCUACAGUCCCAACGGAAAGAUCGGAAGGGACGACCUCUCGCCACCGAGCUCGCUGAACGGAUACAGCGCCGACAGUUGCGAUGCGAAAAAGAAGAAGGGCCCGACGCCGAGGCAGCAGGAGGAGCUCUGUCUGGUCUGCGGCGACAGGGCGUCGGGGUACCACUACAACGCCCUGACCUGCGAGGGGUGCAAGGGCUUCUUCAGGAGGAGCAUCACCAAGAACGCCGUCUACCAGUGCAAGUACGGGAACAAUUGCGAGAUCGACAUGUACAUGCGCCGGAAGUGCCAGGAGUGCCGGCUGAAGAAGUGCCUGACGGUAGGCAUGCGACCGGAGUGCGUCGUACCGGAAUACCAGUGCGCGGUGAAACGCAAGGAGAAGAAGGCCCAGAAGGUAGGGGAGAAGGAUAAGCCAAAUAGUACAACGAUGAACGGCUCGCCUGGGAGUUUGACCGGGAUGGGAGCUGAUCCUGUCGGAGUGAAGAUGGAGCCCGCGGAUUCCGACUCGUUGUCGAUGAGCGGAAGCACCAGCGGAAUCGGACUCCGGCCUGCGUCUUCCCAUAAUGGAGUCAAGCCGCUCACCAUCGAUCAGCAGGACCUCAUCCAGAAGCUGGUCCACUACCAGGACAAGUACGAGCAGCCCAGCAAGGAGGACCUGAAACAAAUCAUGGAUUUUGACUCGAACUGCUUGCCUCAGCAGAACUGGCCUAUCGAGGGGGAGGAUCCUAGCGAGAUCAAGUACAGGCACAUUACCGAGAUCACGAUCCUUACGGUCCAGCUGAUCGUGGAGUUCGCGAAGUGUCUGCCUGGGUUCGGCACUCUGUUAAGGGAGGACCAGAUCACCUUGCUGAAGGCUUGCUCGAGCGAAGUCAUGAUGCUCAGGAUGGCCAGGAGGUACGACGUAGAGAGCGACAGCAUCGUCUUCGCGAACAACCAGGCGUACUCCCGUGACAGCUACAGCCUGGCUGGCAUGGGCGACACCAUAGAGGACCUCCUCAGAUUCUGCAGGCAGAUGUACGCCAUGAAGGUCAACAACGCCGAGUACGCGUUCCUCACGGCCAUCGUCAUUUUCUCCGAGAGGCCGAACGUGAUCCAUGGCGCGCAGGUGGAGAAGAUCCAAGAUGGCUACCUGGAGGCUCUGAAAGCCUACGUGGACAACCGGUGGAGGCCGAAAUCCGGGGUGAUCUUCGCGAAGCUCCUCUCGGUGCUGACAGAGCUGAGGACCCUUGGGAACGAGAACAGCAAGACAUGCUUAAACCUCAGGCUGAAGAACAAGAAGCUGCCUGAGUUCCUCUCGGAGAUCUGGGACGUAGCGCCGUAAGCGCCAUCUUGGUCCCUUUGCCGACCCUGACCAGGACCCUGAAGACGUCCCGAAGGAACGUCCACCCUGUCGUCGCGUGCCGUGGGCUCGACAAAAGGGAGGGGACGUCUAGGGAGAGGAAACAGAAACAAAGAAAUUCGUGUUUUGUGUCACAGGCUCGACACUGUGACUUUUGUACUAGUGCACCACAGUGCCACUGCCUCUGGCGACGAGCCUGUCGUUGGGGUCGUUCGCCUCGUACUCUCCUUCACCGCGAUCCCGACCAGAGGUGACUCGUCCUUCCUUCGGUGAGAGGAGGUGGACGGGGAGCUUCUGCCCGACCUCGGCCCCCGGGAGGUCCAAGGUCCGGGAGAAGGUUGCAAGUUUGAGGGGCAGUGGCCAAAGGCACCCAGGCUGUGAUACGUAGAGACAGUACAGAGACUAUAUAAGGAGGUACCUACACUUAUAUAUUACUAUAUUUCCUCCUCGGCUACCCCCAACCCCCCAAGAAACCCCCCCAACCCCCAAUAUCGAUAUGUAAAUGUAAUGUAUAUGUUUAAGGCGUACGUAGAGUGGAGGAAGUGCGAGCUGGCGAUGAGAUACGGAACCGAGGAUCAGGAGAGCGCAUGCGUGGACGGGUGAACGCAUGGAUUUUGUCUGUUGGCACGAGUGGAGAGACAUAUGCGCGGACGUGUGUUUGGGUGUGCGUGCAAACGUGGUCUACAAGGAACCGGGCAAGAGUAUCGUGUUUGAGGGCACUGUUGAGCAGUGCGGUGGUGACGAACCGAGAGCGCGAUUAUGAGAAACACAUAAUAAUACGAUAGAGUCUAUAUCACACACAUAGCAUAAUAAUAUAUUGCUAGCAUGUACGCUGUUUAUACGAGUGAUAGGAAGGGGUAGAGGGAGGUACAACGGCGUAGAGGUUGGCUGCGUGGGAGACGAAAAGUCUUGGAGUCGCUCGAUGAGAGGUGGAUCCCUGAGAUCACAAUCCAUGGUGGACGUUAAUGACGAAGAAGGUCGAAAGAACUGGAUAUUCAAUUUUUCCGGACCGACGAGCGAUUCCAAUGGCGUCUUCGUCCCCCAUGCCGGUGCAAGCAGAGAUGGGCAAAUCCUGGAUCACCGAUUCGCUUGAUCUUCGCUUUGGCCGAAUCGUAGCUGGAAAAAGUAGCGCGAUCGUAGCGCGAAUUCUCGAGACGGAGGGAGAAAGAGAGCUUUAAUAUUUCGGUGUAAUUCGGGAGGCAAUAAGUGGGGGGAUGGAAGUUUGGCGCGGUGACCCUGUGCCCAUCUCUGGUCGGGAAAAUCGAGGGGGCUUGCGGCUGGAGAGGAAGGCAGAUUAACUAUAUUCGGGCUGAAGAGAGGAGAGAGGGAUACAGUAGAAAACCGUAGGAAGUAAGUAAGUAAGCGAGGCUAGAUACGGUAGUAGGUCGUAGUCAGUCAGCUAGGAUAGGUGACCGAGUCAAGUGCAAAGCCCUGUGCCUUCAGCAGCGGACAUCGGCUCACCGACAAACGAAAAACAUGAAAUUUAACCGUCCGUUUUAAUUUUUUAAUAAAAACCAACAAAAUCUUAAAAUAUUGAAUCCGAGAGCGUUCAUAAGAUAAACGUUAUUAUUAGAGGCGCGUGAGAGGGAGAGAUAGAGGGAUGCGGAAGCGUGUGAGACAGAGUGAGAUAGAGGGACUCGGUUAGACUCGAUAACGAAGAGUUUGCGACGCGUAACCUUGGGGAGUGGAUUAUUCGAUCGCGGUGACCACGUCGGCCGUCACCUGGCCGUCGCCAUGUUGAGUUUCGAUAUUUAUUAAGUUUACAGAGACAUUACACGGAGUUACUGCAGAAGCGUAUGGGAGAGAUAUUAAUUUAAAGGGCGCAACCGGCCGGGAAGCAUUUCGUAUAUUCCUAUAGUCGAUCGAGAUGGUCAGGAUUGGUCGGAGAGUGGUCGCCGCCAUCUUGGGCUGACAAGAAACGGCGUAUACGCGGCGUACAGGGGAGAAUGAGAGAGCAAGUGCGAGUGGGUAGUUAAGGGUGAGGGAGGCAUGACAAAGAGGGAGAGGACGAUACCCAGUAGGCUAGGGUGAGAAUAAACAUCCGACUCGACAACUCGGGUGAGCUUUUCGACCACGGAAGCUCCCUCGCAUAUGCUAGCAUAAUGGAGUUAAAAGUCACGUAUACAUCCUAAGAUCGCAGAUCGACCGACAGGAAUAAUAAUAAUAAUAAUGAAAAAAAAAAACAAAAAACAAAGACGCAAGAGCGAUCUCACAGACGAGGAUUACCAGGGCGAACGGCACACAUACACACACACGUACCGGUUUAGACACCGAAUUACCGAGGAGCGUCGCUGCCGUUGUCUAAAUCAACCACUUAAGGGGUUAAAGCAGGAGAAAAAUGCAGUCACUAAGAUUCUCGAUGUUGUAACAUUGUAAUUCUAUGCUAUUAACCGAUUGUACACAGUUGUAUUCCGUAGUAAGUACCAGCGACAAGUGAAAUGCGUUAUAUAACUUCGUGUAUAACGUCUGUAAACGUAAGGGGUCGCGUCCAGAGGGUGGAGGCCUGGACGUUGGCGGAUUCGAGGGAGAUCUUGCACAGGUGGUCGGAUCGAACACCGAUUUGAAUAUCGCUUGCAAGUUUAUCGCGUUUUGUUCGAUUGGAUGGGGUAUAUGGGAAGUUUUGCCAAAAGCAACGAGGUUGCUCGACCUGGUUGCUUCGGUACCGCUGAGAUGGACCCUUUAAGGGGUGACGGACCCCUCGAAACCGGCAAUGCGGCCUCCAGGAGGCGCGACUCCUGUCGACGAGCGCCACGACCGAGACGAAGAACCUGGAAGGGGUAGAGAGGGGUGACGAGCGAGUCCUCUCGCGGCGACCCGCAGUCGACCGCCGGACGUCGAGGGAGGCGGACGAAGAGGAGGCGCUCGGCCGUUCCGUACUCGUAAAAAACUAACCUCUAAUAGGGAUUUAAGCUUGGCGUGUCGUCAAUAAGUCGCGUAGGAGAGUCUUUUGAGCCACCUUCGACCUGGGGCCACGCAGCUCGCGUCUCUCUCUUGAUGUUCGAUAAACAAGCCUCCGAUUCCGAGAGCGGGCUGCGCGGACCCCCUAGACGGUUCCCACCAGGUGGAACUUAACAUUUAAACAACGUACCCCAUGCCCCCGGGACGAACUAACUACGUAACGCCAGAUGACAAAAAAUAUAUAUAUAUGUAAUAUAUACAUGGCGGACACUGCCACGGAGCGUAGACGCGAGAACACCACGAGACGCGCCGCUCUCUGAGAAGCGCGAACGAGAUACGGAUGCCGAUUCGGUUUCGGCCAGGAACUCGAAGGGGAACUCGUGGUCCUUCAUGGGAAAGGAGGUCCUCGCCUCGCCUGUUAACGUAGCCAUCAGAUUUUUCUAUACUUCGGCGAGUGGAGGAUACGAAACUCGACGGUGGACCCUGGUUGACGGUGGUACCUGAUAUCAUGGCAACACCUGGAGAUUUUUCGUCCUCUCGUUGAAGUUUCCGAAAUGGGGCCGGGGAUGGGGUGGAACCCUUUCCUGGGAUCACUUGCAUACACACAUCCACUUUGUAUUCGCUUAAAUUCGCGCACAUACUCCACACCUCGUUGCGUGCUUGCGAGGGGCCCUGGAACGAGUCGAACACGCGACACCGUGCAACAUUAUGUCAAAACGGAAGAACGGGAAUGGAACAUUCCGAAAGUGGCAUGGAUAAUUGCGGAGUACCUUGGAAACACGCGUACAUGUGUGCCAGGAUAUCUAAAGCCAACCUCAUAGCUUGCAUCCCGAAACUGAAACACAUCAUGUUCAUGACACCCGCAACCCUAGAUGCAAGCCAUAUACUCACGUGUACAGAGCGAACGACUACAGAAUAGACUCGCCCACCUCACACACACACACAUACACACACGCAUUUCGAUGACACGAAAGAGGGACAUCGAGGAAAAUAAUUACACACGUUUACACCCGCGUUUACAACUGUACAUUUGUUGUGUCGAGUGAGACUCGCGUAGCUCGCCUUGAUGUAACGCGCCGUCGAGCGUUUGUACUCCGGGGUACAGAUUGUCAUGUAUGUUCUGUUGCGAGGGGUUACAUGCUCGGGAGAUGUACACCCGCGUUUACAUUUCGCCGGGAUGAGUAAUGCCGACAUGAGACCUCGCGAGUACGACAUUGCCUAGCUCCGGAGCGCGAGGGGGCGCGGGACGAAUUAUCGCGUUUAGGAACUAAAGUUAACUUUACUUAAGCACGUCACGGAUACGAGAGCCGAGAAUGAACCUUCUUAACCCUUAACCCUUCAUCCUGUGCGUUGGACGGGGCGGGGAGCACCCGCUCCCCGGUGACUCGCGCCCCCUGAGUAACAUCGGAGGUUUCCGCCACUCCGAGCGAGAUUCCUCCUAAACGGACGGCGCCGUAGCAAACUGUCCCGAACAAAAGUUGUCCCUAGGACCUUGGUGCGCAACUUUUGUAGGAGACACUUUCCUCCAGCGCUCGCCGUUCUCCCGGAAAUCCGGCCUUUUUCCGACGCCGUCCGGGGGCGCGAUUCCCCUGUACCUCGCUCGAAGGGAUCUAUCGGAAAUAAUUCCCGCUAACUAGGCGCUAUUUCGGGCACUUUGUCGCGAAUCCCGGAGGGCAGGUCGUCUCUCUAGCUUCGCUUCUUCGAUGCAUAUUUGCACCUCGAGCACACGUCGACUCAUCUCGACGUCUUCAGCCCCGGUUCGUCGGGAUCGAAUCUUUUUCGGAGAACGCGCUCGAGAGGCUUUGGCCGUGCUACCAAUCCGGAUAGAAGAAGCCAAGGCGAAUUCACCAUCACUUAUUCCAAGAGAAGCCCCCUUGGUUCUAUUUCCCCUGCCUCGAGGAGUUCUCCCAUUGGUCGCGCGUUCAUUCGUGUACAAAACUAUGCAAUUCUACGAUCACUGCCAAGGGCGUUGCUGUUGACGUCGGUCACGUUGUUCUAGAUGUCGUCGUCUCUAUACAUUAAAAUCUCGCGACUCGCAUUAAUCGCGGAUAAGAUUGUUCACGAUACUGCCAGUGUAGAGUUCGAGUCUCUGUGUUUUUUACCGAGGAAAUACUCUCCGGUGCCCCCCCUCCCAAAAAAAAAAAUAAGAUGUUAUCCUCGACUGCUCGAUAGCUGCAUCACCGAAAUUCCCAGCAUCCCAGCAUCUUCAUUCCUUAUCCCGUUUUUCGGGAACCUUCGAGUUCUUCCGACCUGCCGUCUGCGAUUCGCCAGCGAUCGUCGAAAUUCCCCUCCAGGUCGCCUCAGGUGCAUCCUGCACCUGCUUGCACCUGUCUUUACAAGAGCGUUCUCGGGUGCAGGGCGUAAUGCACUUACUCUCUUCGAUUCGUUGUUACGAUGCGGCACGUGCGCGUGCUUAUCACCUUUAGCGGUUGUUAAAUUUUAUUCGAAAGGAGGAAAUUUCGGGCGGGAUCGUUUUAACGUUAGAUAUUAAUUCGAGUGGAAUUAGAGCGAAUCGGCGAUUUGCGUAGAUCCCCUCGCCCGCGAGAUCGUUUAGGGAUCCCUAGGGAAUUUCGGGAAGACUGCCCAGAGGCGCGUUUAAGGGGUCGGAUACGAAUCUCUAUUUCGGGGGAAGCUCAAACUGGACAUCCCAGAGGAACUCGCCUACGCAAAUCGAACGUUAAUUGAAUUUUAAUCGGGGGGAGUUAUGGGGAGAGAGCGGGAAUUAGGCAAAAAAUUGUGCCGGCAACGCGGGCGAUUCAUACGAUUGGUGCUUUGGAAUAUUAGACUGAAUUGUUGUACAUUAGAAGAAGAAGAAAAAAAAUAGAGCGAGACGAAGGAGGGAGAAAAACGGAGGAGAGAAGUAGGAAAGAGUACGAAGUUACGCGCGUAACGCGUCGAGUUUUUUCUCUCGGUAAUUGGUAAACGUAAAUUAAUUCUAUUUCGAACGUUUUAUAUAUGUAUAUUCGCGCUAGGCAAGGCGACACACACUUACACACACACACACACGCGCGUAACGCGAGGACACGCAUAUUAGCAACCACGUACGUCGAUCAUUAGGUUCCUUUUCGGGGGUGGAAGGAAUUAACGCGCGUCGGGAGGAGCUGGCUAACGAAAUGCAUUUUUAGGGGUAAAUCGCUAUAUAAUAACUAUAUAUAUAAUGUACAUUAUAUAUAUAGCUGCGCCGUGCACCCGCCCCGGCAAGUUCAGCCCAGCCAUGGAGGCGCGUGCACUUACAUCACUAUACUCUAACGAUUAUUAACGCGGUAAUAUACAAUAAUUUAAAGCGUAGGGCUUUAAGUUAACUCUAAGGGAUAGUGGAGGAUUAUCCGGGACGUUACGCAUUGGCCAGAAUCCCGAUUCGAGAGCAAACCAGGAGAAUCCACCCACAAAGACACCGACACCCACACACCCCACACUGGAUCGACACGCGAAUUAACGAUCGAUUUACGCGGAAUUGUCGUUCGGCGGAAAUGGUCUCGAUAAGAGACAUAGACUGAUUGUGAGUAUAGUUGAGGCACUCGUGGUGCACCCUGUACUGUUGUUUCUAACGUGUAUCGUAGUCACCGUGCGGCACGUGCCACUGCUACCACUGCGCAGCCCCGAGGCGCAAGGGGCAAUUUCGAGAGUGCAAAGCUAAGCGUUAUGAUUAUCGUUAAAAAAGAAAGAACGAAGAAGGGGGGAAAAAUUUGAUAUCCGCCACCGGGACGUUAGUUUCGACUUUGAGGUCGCCUUAAGGCGGGGUCCCUAGGGCUCAGCCCGUGGCGUCCUCCUCCGUGCUCCCUACGACUCAGCGCGCUUUUGUCCCGCUCCUGCGGACGUGUAUAUACGUGUAUAUGUGUAUUUAUGCGACGAAGGGGGGAAUUGUCAUUAAUUUUAUUGAAAUUAUAAUAAGUCUCGCCGCGUCUCGUAUUUCGAUCGCGACUUAAGGGCGAGGAAGGACCCUCGGAAAUUCGGAAGGAUCCGACGUUUAACGGCGAGCGACCUCUUCGUCCUGGGUCGCGACCUACGUUUUAUUCGGGUCGAGUCGACUCGAUUAUUCGCCCGAUGAUUUAUGUGCGUUCUAGGUUAGGUUCGAUGUACAGGAUGGGUUUUUAUUUUUUUAUUUUUUUUUUAUUUUUUUCUCCCGACGAGGAAGGUCCGGUUCCGUGCAAUCCCUCGUCGCACCUCGACGUCGCGAUGGCCUGGGGCUUCCGCAAUAGAGAUAGAAGGGAACUGUUACGAGGAAUACGCGAAAAUGAGGAUCCUCGGGGCUGAUAGUAGCAGUGGUAGGGCAAGGCUAAGGAUUAAGGACUAUCGAUUAAAAGUUAUACCGAGGAAUCGCGCUAGGAGAUAAGAGGACUAAAUAUCUCUUGAGUGUACAUACGAUUAAGUACCGCGACAUGUCACGGACGGAAACGCACCGAUAUGUAUACGUAUAUGCGUAUUGAUAUGUAUACAUAUGUAUGAAGGUAUACGUAUAUAUAUCACGAGCGAGAGAGACCCAGAGGAAGCUGGUCCGAGAGGGAGAGUGAGCGUGAGAGAGAAAGAGAGACACAUGGGUACGCAGAUGCGUGAGAGAGAAAGAGGGACGCGUGAAAGUGACCGAGUGAGAGAGAGGGAGAGACAGAGGGGGAGAGAGAGAGAGAGAACGCUUAUGUAGGGACGAUACUGUACAUAGGACAGAUAUAUGUUAUAUAUGAUAUAUGAGGAGCCGAAGGAGCGGAGUGAGAUAAAUACAAAGGGUAACGAAA